CACGUUGACAGCGCGCCACAAAUUUGAUUCCGAUCUGUUUCAUUUUUUGCUCAAAUUCACUGCAAGUUCAGGAAAAAUGUCUCAAAAGGAUAUUUAUUAUUCCGAUAAGUACACUGACGAGUUUUAUGAAUACAGGCAUGUGAUGUUGCCCAAGGAAAUUGCAAAAUUGGUUCCAAAGAACCACCUGAUGUCAGAAGAUGAAUGGAGAGGCAUUGGGGUCCAGCAGAGCCAGGGAUGGCAGCACUACAUGAUGCACGGGCCUGAGCCACACAUCCUUCUGUUUCGUCGCCCCCUCUCAUUUGCUCAGCCACAGUUGCACAAAUAAAGAUGAAGACAUCUCGACCCUGUUCUAUUUAUUAUUUCAUAUUAUUACCAUAUUAUAAUUGGAAGAAUUAAUGAUUCUGCCAAACGACUGUUCUGUACAUAUAUUUUUUUGUCGUUUGCACUUGUAAUGGCUCUAUUUGUUUGACACCAAUGCUAAUUAAUUUUUCAAGUUAUUUUCAAUAAAGAUCUAUUAAAAGUGGAUUAAGCAAAUGUUAAUUAUCUUGGAAAUAUCAUUUUUGGUCAUCACUGACAAUUACAUGAACCUAACACUAUUGCAUUGAAAAUUCGUGUUCACAAUGGACAUUUUUGUAGAUGGAAUUUAACGAUUUGUGAUUUAUGUAUUUAAUGAAAUCAGAAUAGAAAAAAUUACAAAAAA